AUGAACCGGCUGUUCGGCGCCAAGAGCAACACCCCCAAACCCACUCUCAACAGCGCCAUCUCAAAUGUAGACACACGAAUAGAAAGCAUCGACGUCAAACUCGCAAAGCUCAACGCCGAACUCUCGCAGUACCAGCAGCGGCUAAGUCGCAUGCGAGAUGGCCCGGGCAAGAACGCUAUCAAGCAGAAGGCCAUCAAGAUCCUGCAGCAGCGCAAGAUGUACGAGUCGCAAAAGGACCAGCUACAACAACAGAGUUGGAACAUGGAGCAGGCAGGCAUGAUGCAGGACAAUCUCAAAAACACCAUGGCCACGGUCGAUGCCAUGAAGACGACGCAGAAGGAGUUGAAGAAGCAGUACGGCAAGGUCAACAUCGACAAGAUCGAGAAAAUGCAGGAUGAGAUGGCAGAUUUGAUGGACAUGGGGAACGACAUCCAAGAGAGCAUCAGUCGGAGUUACGACGUGCCGGAGGACGUGGACGAGGCAGAGCUGGAUGCAGAGCUGGAGGCGCUGGGCGAUGAGGUGGACUUCGGGGCAGAGGCUCUGGGAGAGGGAGAGAUGCCGGGUUUCCUGCAAGAGAGCGCUGGUCCACCUCAGUUCAUUGACGAAGCUCCCGAACAGAACAAGGAGAGACAGGCAGCCACGUGA